AUGGGGAAUUUCUCCAGUGUUCUCAUUCUCUUCUUCGUGUUCAUCACAAGCGGCAUUGCUGUUUCCGCCACCCUCUUCACAUUACAGAACAGCUGUCCGUACACAGUCUGGCCCGGAAUUCUCUCCGGUAACAGCAACACACUCGGCGGCGGCGGAUUUCCCUUGGCUCCAGGCGCUUCCAAACAGCUAACCGCUCCUCAGGGAUGGUCAGGCCGGUUCUGGGCUCGUACCGGCUGCAAUUUCGAUUCUACCGGUCACGGAAACUGCGUAACCGGAGACUGCGGCGGCGUUCUAAAAUGUAUCGGCGGUGGAGUACCUCCGACCACUCUUGCCGAAUUUACCGUCGGAUCAGGCGAAUCCGGUAAGGAUUUCUACGACGUGAGCCUCGUCGACGGUUACAAUGUGGAGAUGGGGAUCAAACCACAAGGAGGUUCCGGUGAUUGUCGUUACGCCGGUUGUGUCGCCGAUGUAAACGCGGUUUGUCCUUACGAGCUUCGGAUCAUGGAUCCGAGCAACAAUGGAAUCGUUGCGGCGUGUAAAAGCGCCUGCUUGGCGUUUAAUUCGCCGGAAUUUUGCUGUACCGAAGCUCACGCGACGCCGCAAACUUGUUCUCCGACGCAUUACUCGGCGAUGUUCAAGAGUGCUUGUCCUAGUGCUUAUAGUUACGCUUACGACGAUGCAACGAGCACUUUCACUUGUUCCGGAUCUAACUACUUGAUCACUUUCUGCCCAACCCGGUCUUAA